AUGAACUCCCUGAUGGCUCUGGGCUCGCCGCUCAAGCACUUCAUGUCUGGUCGAGCCCCGUCCCGUAAACGAGGGGGGUCCCAGCGUUCCCAGUCCGUGAGAAGGACCAGCUUUUCCCAUAAACGCAGAAUGAGCGUCGGGAGGAGGAGAAGUCUGCCCUGCACCAACCAGAAGGUCCCGGACUCCUGGCUGCGGGUCUAUCAGGACGAGCUCAAGAGGGAGCGGAAAAGACAACAAGCCAUUUUGGCGAAGAAGAACGCAGAGAGAACCUAA